CGUGUGGCUUGUUCUAGCGCUAUAAUGAGUAUAUAUGUGGAGGUAGAAGAGGCUAGACGACCACAGAAAUGGGUUGUCAGAAACCGACUCGGUGAAGCUCGAGGCUGAACGAGGCUUGUCAAGAAGGGUGGGGCCGCCCCGCAAGUCCACCAUCGAACAGCCAGCCACCACAUGAAUUUCUGCGGCAACAGUUUGUUUCCACGCGGUCUGUUUGUUUUGGCGCAAACCUUGCUUGUGCUAUUUUUUGCUGUCACAAACAUUCGCAUCCGGGCAUUCGUCACUCAGCCUGGUCGGCAGCGCAUGUCUGAAUCACACGUGGUGGGGGUGUAUUCCGGCCAACGAUCACCUAUCAGCCUUGCAUGGUACCAGAGAUUCGUCACCGCUAAGAUGCACCGGUGUGGGGGCAGUAGUCAGUCGUUCGUUCCAAUAGUCCGGUCACAGGUUAAGCGGUUGACGGUGACGCCGACUGUGUGGUAUAGCUCGAACGUGCUCUACAUAUCGCGAUCAAACAUCAGUGAUGAUCUACCAUGGUACAUCCGUACUGGGGUGCAGUAGCCUGCUGCGGAAGCCUGAUGAGAUCGCUGGAUUGUAGUGGUGGUAAACAUCCGCCCACAACUGUCAGAC